GGAGGCAGGGACCGAUCCCCUGGAGGGGCGGCGGAGGGGGGGGGCCUGGGCAGGCUGGCCCUGAACUUUGCAUGCUCGGCGGGUCCGAGCGGCCAGGAGGGAAAAGGGGACCCGCUGGCCUCGACUUUUGGCCAGAACUCUCCUCCCUCCGCUGCGUGUGGCGGAUGGGGUCCCUUUGCAAGACAGGUGUGCAAAACGGGAGCAUUGGAUGGUGUGCGGGAGAUGGAAAGGAAGACCGGGCAAGCCCGUCCACGGUUCGGCAUGCAGCGGCUGGCUUCCUGCCUGGGCCUGUGGCUCUUCCUGCAACUCCCCUGCCUGGGUUCCGGGACGCGGGUGGUCUACAAGGUGCAGGAGGAGCAGCCGCCCAACACCCUCAUCGGCAGCUUGGCAGCAGACUACGGCUUCCCAGACAUGGGGCACCUCUACAAGCUAGAGGUGGGGGCCCCCUACCUGCGUGUGGACGGCAAGACUGGCGACAUCUACACCACCGAGACCUCCAUCGACCGGGAGAGCCUGCGGGAGUGUCAGCAGUUCUUCCCGGGAGAGCCCUGUUUUCUAGAGUUCGAGGUUUCCAUCACGGACCUGUUGAACAACAGCCCGCGCCUGCUGGAGGGGCAGAUAGAGGUGCUGGACAUCAAUGACAACACCCCCAACUUUGCCUCCCCCGUCAUCACCUUGGCCAUCCCGGAAAACACCAACAUCGGGGCGCUCUUCCCCAUCCCGCUGGCCAUGGACCGGGACACCGGUGCCAACGGAGUGGCUUCCUACGAGCUCAUGCCCAGCCCGGACGCCCAGAAGCUGUUCGGCUUGCAGGUGGCCGAGGACCAAGACGAGAAGCAGCCGCAGCUGAUCGUCAUGGGGAACCUGGACCGGGAGCAGUCCGAGUCCUACGACCUCACCAUCAAAGUGCAGGACGGGGGCAGCCCCCCGCGGGCCAGCAGCGCCCUGCUGCGCAUCACCAUUCUGGACAUGAACGACAACGCGCCCAAGUUCGAGAAGCCCUUGUACGAGGCGGAGCUGUCGGAGAACAGCCCCAUUGGCCACUCUGUGCUGCAGGUCAAGGCCAACGAUUCUGACCAGGGGGCCAACGCUGAGAUCGAUUAUUCCUUCCACCAGGCCUCAGAUGUGGUUCGUCGGCUACUACGGCUAGACAGAGCCUCAGGACUGAUCACCGUGCAGGGUCCAGUUGAUCGCGAGGACAUCAAUGUGCUCAGGUUCUCAGUGAUGGCAAAGGAUAAGGGGGCCAACCCCAAAACAGCCCGUGCUCAGGUCGUGAUCAGCAUCAGGGACAUGAACGACAACGCCCCGUCCAUUGAAAUCCGUGGCAUAGGCUUGGUCACCCACCAGGAUGGGAUGGCCAAUAUAUCAGAAGACGUUCCGGUGGAGACCCCAGUGGCUCUCGUACAAGUGUCCGACCGGGACGAGGGGGAAAACGCCGUGGUGACUUGCGUGGUGGCUGGCGACGUCCCCUUCCAGUUGCGGCAGGCCAGCGACACAGGCAGUGACAGCAAAAAGAAGUAUUUCUUGCAGACCACCACACCGCUCGACUACGAGGCCGUGAAGGAGUACACCAUUGAGAUUGUGGCUGUAGACUCAGGCAACCCCCCCUUGUCCAGCACCAACUCCCUCAAGGUUCAGGUAGUAGAUGUCAAUGACAAUGACCCCGUCUUCAGUCAAAGCUACACCGAGGUGGCAUUUCCUGAAAACAACGCCCCGGACGAUUUGGUCGUGGAAGUGAGCGCCACGGAUGCAGACAGCGGCUCCAAUGCUAACUUAGUGUACUCCCUAGAUAAGGAGACUUCACCCCAAGGCAUUUUCUCCAUUGAUCCCGAGUCCGGUGAGAUCCGGGUAAAGACUGUUCUGGACCGGGAACUGCAAGAACGCUACGAAUUCUUGGUGGUUGCCGCUGACAAGGGCAGUCCCGUCCGCAAAGGCACCGCCUCGGUCGCCAUCAACGUUAUGGACCGCAACGACAACGAGCCCAAAUUUAUGCUCAGUGGCUACAAUUUCUCUGUCAUGGAAAACAUGCCCCCCUUGAGCCCCGUGGGCAUGGUGACUGUCAUUGAUGCAGAUAAAGGGGAGAAUGCCCGCAUUCAUCUCUCCGUAGAACAGGACAAUGGCGACUUUGUUAUCCAGAACGGUUCCGGCACCAUCCUCUCCAGCAUAUCCUUUGAUCGGGAGCGGCAGAGUACUUACACCUUCAGGCUCAAAGCGGUGGAUGGUGGUGACCCACCCAGAUCUGCCUAUGUCGGUGUGACCAUCAAUGUAUUAGAUGAGAACGAUAACGCCCCGGUUAUCAUUUCUCCAUCCAACGCCUCCUACAAGCACAUUCUGCCCCACACGAGUCCCGGGCAGCAGGUCAUGAGCAUCGGGGCCGAAGACAUUGACACUGGGGUCAACGCGGAGUUGCAAUACAGCAUCACCGGUGGAAACCCCUUUGAGCUGUUCAAGAUUUCGCCCCACAGCGGAAACAUCACCCUGGAGAAGGAGAUUCUCCGCAAGCACCACGGACUUCACCGCUUAGUGGUUCGAGUCAACGACAAGGGCAAACCCUCUCGCCACGGCACGGCUCUGGUCCACUUCUACGUCAAUGAGACGUUGGCCAACCGUACCUUGCUGGAGACCCUAGUGGGGCACAGCCUGGACACGCCCCUGGACAUUGACAUCGCCGGAGACCCGGAGUACGAGCGCAGCAAGCAGCGCAGCAACAUCCUUUUUGGCGUGGUCGCCGGCAUCGUCACGGUCACGCUGGUGAUCGUGCUCGUCGUGCUGGUGCAGUAUUGCCGCCAGAAGGAGGCGAAGAGCGGCUACCAAGCCGGCAAGAAGGAGACGAAGGAUCUGUACGCUCCCAAGCAAGGCAGCAAAGGCAACAAAGCCAAGGGCAAGGUGAAGAAGAGCAAAUCCCCCAAGCCGCCCAAACCUGCCGAGGACGAGGAAGAGACGGGCCUGCAGAAGUCCCUGAAGUUCAACCUGAUGAACGACUCGGUCAGCGACAGCCCCCGCAUCCACCUGCCCCUGAACUACCCUCCUGGCAGCCCGGACCUGGGCCGGCACUACCGCUCCAACUCGCCCCUGCCUUCCAUCCAGCUCCAGCCCCAGUCGCCCUCCGCCUCCAAAAAGCACCAAGUGGUGCAGGACUUGCCGGCCGCCAACACCUUUGUGGGCACCGGGGACACCAACUCCACGGGCUCUGAGCAGUAUUCAGACUACAGCUACCGCACCAACCCCCAGAAAUACUCCAAUAAGCAGUUACCUCAUCGUCGAGUGACGUUUUCCGCAGCCAAUCAGGCUCAGGACCUGCAGGAUCCAUCCCAACACAGUUACUAUGACAGCGGCCUCGAGGAGUCAGAAACACCAAGCAGCAAAUCCUCAUCAGGGCCCCGUAUUGGACCUCUGGCUCUGCCUGAGGAUCACUAUGAGCGCACCACGCCCGAUGGCAGCAUUGGGGAGAUGGAGCACCCCGAGAACGAUCUCCGGUCUCUGCCCGAUGUAGCCAUGACAGGAACUUGCACCCGGGAAUGCACAGAGUUUGGCCACUCUGACACCUGCUGGAUGCCGGGCCAGUCCUCUCCGAGCCGGAGGCCGAAGAACGCCCUCAAACUCUCUACGUUUGUGCCUUAUCAAGACAGAGGGAGUCAAGAGCAAGUUGGGAAUGGCAGCCCCAGACUCUCAGAAGAGCGCAGCACCAAAAUGGCUAACCUCCGCCUGCUCUCCACGUACAGUGCCUUCUCCAACAGUAGCCAUGAGCCCUGCAAGGACUCCCCGCUGGAGGAAAUCCCUCUCACCCAGACCUCAGAUUUCCAGGCAGCCACCACACCGUCCUCCCAAACCGCCAAGCGGGAGAUCUACCUGUGAGACUAGGGGGGCGGGGGGAGCAAAGAAAGGUGCCUGCAAAACACGCCGCCGAGGCCAGUGUCUGGAAGAAGAAGAAGAAGAAGAAGAAGAAGGGACUUUUCAAACUGUGAUGCUUUAUCGUUCAUGUCGGCAGUUCUGAGCCUGCUGGGUGGGAAUGCCUUGCCCGGCCUGUGGGCACAGGGACGCCCUUGGCAACACGUUGCUCCCAGGACAAGAGGAGUGAGACCAUCUUGAAUGGCCAGGUUCUGAGUGGCGGGGGAGAGGAGACCCUAGGGCAGAGGGCUUGGCCUGUGGCUUCAGGGCAGGGGGUGGGGGUAAGGGCUUAGUUACCAAAGGUCCGUGCAGGCUGGGUGGAGUCCGUCGGGCGCAGGGCUGGGGGCACCUGGCACAGGCACGGGGGAGAGGGGUGAGCUGCCUCUGUCAUUACUGUAGACUCCUGUAAAUAUGAAUCUUAGGAAUGACAUUUGCGUCCUGCCUGAUGAAAACUUUUAUCGUCCUUGAAAAACAAACAAAACAAACAAACAAAAAGAGACAUUGAAACAAACAGAAAACACAGGGAGCAAUUCCAGAUCGAAUUGUUUGCCACACGCAGAAGAGCACACGGGAGCCCGCACUUCCGGCCGGCCAGCCCCCCCGCCACCCACCUUCCACAGUGUAAAUACAGAGGGGGGCACCGGCUGGUGGGGCGAGAACCUUGGCCUGUCAGCAGGACUGGGGGGCGCAAGGGGCGUUAGAGAGCUCUGAAAGCCAAAACCUCUUUCUGGACUUCGGCAACUCUUCUUCGUCAGGUGUGGAGGGGCGCUAGGGCGGGUCGCGGUGGCUUUGGCCGGCCCUCCUGAGCCUCUGCCCCGUGGACAGUGGAACUGGGUCAGUGGGGGAGAGGGAAGAGACUGCUGUUUUUCGGGAGGUCCAGCCCCCUGCUCUCCAGUAACGCUUGUGUCUCACCCGGGGCAGGGAAUUCCCAGGGUGUGUAUGUGGGGGGGGGGUGUCUCUGGGCCCCGGUGCCAUGAUUCUGGCCUUUGAUUUGUCUGCCUGUAAGCCGCCAUUGCCUUGUGAAAUGGAGCUUCGACUCAGGGUUGUACUGGGGGCCCAGGGCCUCUGUAUGCUGGAGUCAACCCCCUCCCUCUGCCUUUCGACCCCAGGGCCAGCCUCAAGGGCUCCACUAACUCUCUUCCAGUGCCAGAGGUUAAGCCACAGAGAACCAAACUGCAGGGACUGCCUUUGGGUCACGUAGUUCCAGCAGGGCGCCCCCCCCCCCCAGAAGAAUGGACAUUCAAGCAUGAUCAGCCCCAGGGUGGGCGGCUCAGCUCAGGCAAGGGAAGGCUCUUACCCUUCGGCCAGUGGGGGGCCGGUCUAGUGAGCUGGUUCUUCCAUCACCCUUAAUUGUCUUGAUGCCAUUCAGCCCAUGGUCGCGGUGGCCCCUCCCCUGAAGCCUGCCCUCCGUGCCAGCUGGUGUCUCCGGGGCCUCUUUCCAAUCCCCGUGGCACUGGGGAAUGCAAAUUUCUCCCCCCACACACAGUGUCCAUUGGUACCCUCUGCAGCUUGGGGGCUCUGCUCUCUACCCACCUGGCCAACUGAUGCCCAGUUCCUCUGGGCACCUGCAUCCCCUGGCGCUGGUUCUUCCGAUAUUCCUAGGGCCUGCCCCCCUUCCUACGCGUUGCCAUGGGUCACGGAUGUCUUCUUCCCAGCUGUUUCGCAGGAAACUCUCUGGCCAUCAGCUUCCCUUACGGUGUCUCUGUUCAGCUUUCUCUGUUGCAUGGGUCUGGAGGAGAGGGGAGGGGCAUCUUUGGUCAUGUGGACAAGUAUGUUCCUGCUUGCCUUUUGCAAUACAGCUGUGUCGGUCUGUGUUCGGAGUCUGGAGUCAAGCUGGGAGUCGGGACAGGAAGGGAGAAGAGGGAGGGCGAGAGAGAUCUGCCCGAGCAAAGGCAGGAAAACUAGUUAGCAGUCAGAAGUUCCAUGACCUUCCUGGGUGUGGGGGCACCGUGACCCUGCUGCACAGGGAGCUGAAGUACCUCCCCCUCACCUCCUGCUGGGGUGGUGUUGGAGGACAGCAGAGAGCAGGGCAAGGAUGGAAGCCCUGGAUCCCUGCGGCAGAGUCCCAGUUGAUCCUCCCUUGGCGCACUGGAGUGUCCCUGACAACAGAGGUUUUCCUCUCCUCCCUUGACACUCUGAGGCAGGGGUGGCCAACCUAUGGUGCUCCAAAUGUUCAUGGACUAUAAUUCCCAUCAGCCCCUGCCAGCAUGACCGUGCUGGCAGGGACUGAUGGGCAUUGUAGUCCAUGUGGAGCAUCAUAGGUUGGCCACACCCUACUCUGAGGCUCGGGAGAAACAUGCUGGAGCCUAGGAGGCGCCACUCUGCGAUGGCUGGUUCUUUCCACACCCAUGUUGAGGCAGGCGCUUUGACCUCUUUGGUCAUCUGAUGGUUACAGGCUUCCAUCGGCCCUGCUUCCAAGAGAAAAGCCGCAGCCCCGCCCCUACCCCACAUUGUACACUGCCCGAUCUUGACAUUUCGAAGUGCCACUGUCAGGCAGGGAAGGGGGCGGAUCCUCCAACCUGCUGCUGCCCAAUGGCUGCUUCCCUGCUGUGGAACUCCAGGAAAAGAGACUUGCAGGCAAGGAGACCCCCCCCCCCGGUAGGAUCACAGUCUUUGGUGCUUCAUUAGAACAGCCCAAUGAAAUAUGGCAGGGGUGUCCAACUCUGGCGCCCCAGAUGUUCAUGGCAGGGGCUGAUGGGAAUCGUAGUCCGUGAACAUCUGGGCGCACCAGAGUUGGACACCCCUGAAGUAUGGCAUUCAAACCAGCCUGUCGACAGGAAGGGCACCAGUUCUGGUGACAACCAGGUCCAGCACAGCCCUUUCUUUUUGCAGUAGGCAGUAGGAGAGGGGACCUUGGACCCAACACCCUCUGGAGCAAGGCAUGUGCGACUGGGGUUGCCAGGUCUGGCUUGGGAAAUUCCUGGAGAUUUGGGGGUGGAGUUUUGGGGAGGGAGGGAGAUGUUGCGUCCAUCCUCCAAAGCAGCCAUGUUGUCCAGAGGAGACACUGGAGAGCAGUUGUCAUUCUGGGAAGACUCCAGACCUAACCUGGAGGGUGGCAACCCCACAUGCCGUUGCCCAGGCAGAUGAGUCAUGCUGUUUCCCCUGCUAGAUAGACAGAGGCUUGUGAAGCCUGGAGUGGUCAUAAGAACGUAAGAACAAGCCUGCGGGAUCAGACCAGAGUCCAUCUAGUCCAGCACUCUGCUACUCGCAGUGGCCCACCAGGUGCCUUUGGGAGCUCAUGUGCAGGAGGUGAAAGCAAUGG